GUUCCAGCGUUCAUUCCAUAACCCAUUGUCCAAGAUCAGCCUUUUUCAAUGCCAAAGCAGGGAUCUGUCUUGAGUAGGUUCCGUAGCCUCGACGCAUACGCAAAGACUCUUGAUGAUUUCCGAGUCAAAACUACAAGUGGUGCAGCAGUAACCAUCAUCAGUGGUCUUCUCAUUGCUAUAUUGGUGUUAUCAGAAUUAUCUGCAUAUAGAACCUCGGUCAUGAAGCCAGAAUUAGUUAUCGACAAGGGACGUAAGGAUAAGCUUCCCAUCACUUUUAAUGUGACGUUCCCAAAGAUCCCUUGCUAUUUGCUUAGCGUGGAUAUCAUGGAUGAUUCCGGUCAACAUCUUUCAGGAUUUACACAUGAUGUUUAUAAGGUGCGACUUGAUUUAGCCGGAAAUCAAAUUGAAUCUGAGAAAGCGCAUAAACUCGGUGACAAUAGCGAAGGAGCGGAACUCGCAUUGAAGCAAGACGACCCUGAUCAUUGUGGAAGCUGUUACGGAGCACCCUCCCCACAUGAAAAUGGGUGCUGUAAUACUUGCGAAGACGUACGAGAAGCAUAUAUCAAGGCGGGAUGGGGGUUCAACGACCCUUCUAUGUAUGAACAAUGUGUCAAAGAAGGUUGGCGCGAUAAAAUUGAAACCCAGUCCAAUGAAGGUUGCAACAUCCAUGGUCACCUCCAAGUGAACAAGGUCCGCGGUAACUUCCAUAUUGCUCCUGGACAGUCCUUCCAACAAUCACACAUGCAUGUCCACGAUAUGGCUGGGUACAUUGCUGGCGCCCCGGAUGGCCACAAGUUUGACUUUACACAUCAUAUUAACAAGCUUCAAUUCGGCGAUGUGAUCCCUGAUAAAAUGAAGCGACGUACAGCCAAAGGAACACCUGUAGAGCUCACAAAUCCAUUGGAUAACACCAGUCGUGUUACGAAUGAUUUUGGUAUGAUGUAUCAGUAUUUUUUGAAGAUUGUUUCCACCGAAUUCAGAUAUCUGAAUGGAAUGAAGCUUUACACCAACCAAUACUCAGUGACCGAACACGAAAGAGGGAUCAUAACUAGACAGGGCCAAGAAGGUUUGCCGGGCGUCUUUUUCAACUUGGACAUCUCACCCAUGUUGGUUAUAUAUCAGGAAACACGACCCUCCUUCACCAGUUUCUUAACUGGCGUUUGUGCCAUUGUAGGUGGUAUUUUUACUGUGGCAGGAAUCGUUGAUUCUGUCGUUUACCGAGCUGAACGCCAGCUCCGUAAGAAGAUGGAGCUUGGCAAAGCGCUUUGAUUGAGCUGAUGGAAGACAACGUCAGUUGGAAGAAAACUUUAAAAUAAAAAUACAUGAAUCGGGAAUACACGAAUGAGAAACACAGAAUGACAACUGUUUGGGGUAUACAACGUGCAAGAAAGGAUCAACUCAAAACAGGAACCGUAUACUCCAUCUUACGUGGAAAAAGGUGUCAGGUGAACCUUGGCCACCGUAGGCAAUUCAAUUGUAAAAUGCUCCCAAUUACACUUGAAUGGACGAGGAAGACACAUAGAUACAAUCAUCUGGAUGUAUGACCGCGACUCAUUAUAAGUAUAUGGGGAAAUUGAGGACGGAGAUGUGAACAGCAGAAAAAAAAAAAAAGAAAAAAAA